GGCUAGUACGCCCCGCGCCUCUCCGAGACGACUGGCAAUCCCUGGUUCCCUACAGGCACCCGGGAGCAAGCUUUGACUCGCUGUCCGCAGUCCACAGCCCACCUGAGUCCCUCAAUCUCCUGGACGCUGCGACAGGCCGCCGCGAGCUAGCAAAACCCCAGGAAAGGCCAAACAGAGCACGCCCUCGCCGCGGCCCAGCAGGCCCAGAAAGCAUGGCCGAGGCCCCGGCCUCGUCGGCGCGCUACGACUCCUCGCUAGGCCUCCUAACGAAGAAGUUCGUCGCGCUCAUCAAGAGCCAGCCGCACGGGAGCCUGGACCUGAACCACGCGGCCGCGCAAUUGGGCGUCCAAAAACGGCGCAUCUACGACAUCACGAACGUCCUGGAGGGCAUUGGGCUCAUCGAGAAGACGACGAAGAACAAUAUCGCGUGGAAGGGCAACCGGACGCCGCAUCCGGACGACGAGCCCAACUCUUCGGAUGACGAGGACGACGAGGAGACGCUGCGGGUGCGGCACGAGGCCGAGGCGCUCCGGGCGGAAGCGGCUACUUUAGAUAACUGCGUCGAGCAUUUGGAAAGGGCGCGGGCGGAGUUCGCUCGAACACACGCAUCUGAUUUAUCAGUGACGCAUGCGGAUCUGCGAGCCGUGCCCGGCUUGAGCGAUGAGACCAUCAUCGCGCUGCGGGCGCCGCCGGGCACGGACCUCGAAGUGCCCGAUCCCCAUAGCACGAGCACGGCGAAGUACCAACUGCGACUGAGGAGCCCGCUCGCGCCCAUCGAGGUCUUCUUAGUGGAUCGGGCGGACCGCGAAGACAGCGAAGAUCGGGAGGUCGCGCGCCUCUCGGCGAACGCGUCUUUACAAAGCGCGGCGCGGCCGCGGUCGGGCACGCCGCCCGAGCAGGUCGCGCGGCCCGUCGUGUCCUCCGCCGCCGUCAAGACGCCGCCGUCCUUCGCCACCCCUAGAAUCCUGGCCAAGCACACGCCGAACGCCGACCAGCUCGACAAGGACUUCGUCUUCGACCCCGGCACUUUGCUGGGCACGGUGCCGACGAUCCCCAAGAUCCCCCAGCCGUGACGUAAGUAUAGGC